UUUGUUAUUUAAUAAGUGUUUUGGAGAGGUGUAGGCUGCGGAGUCAUGUGUUUUUGUUAGGAGUUUGGUCUGAGUACUUUUCUGUUUCUUGUGUUUCUGAGCUCGAAGCAGAAGAAAUGCGGUGCUGGUACUUUGCAGCUGCUCUUUUGUGCGCUGCCAUAGCUACAGAGGGAAAAGCAGUCCCUUCCACUCCAGAUUUUGGGAGCAGCUAUCAUGUGAAAGGAGUGAUCUCCCUGCCCUAUGCUGAGAUCAAGGAGCCAUUCGAGGCCUGGUUAGACCUUCCAGCACAGUCCAGCAGAAUAGACUACUACCAUGGCCAAGUGUCGACAUACCAGCUGGGGGCAGAAGAGCAGUGGGGCGUCGCCUAUAAAAUCACUCCUGAGACCACAGAGGUGGAGCAGAAUGUGAUGAAGUGCUUUCAGAUCAACGGAACAAAGAAUGAAACGGUCACACCGCAGGCAUCACUGCCUGAUGUACAGGGCUUCCAGUUCCUGAGGAUGGAGUACUACGGAGGCUCCCUGUGUGAGGUCUGGCAGAAUGUGACUACUGUGGGUUACAAGAAGAACACAUACACACUGUGGGUGACCCAUUCAGAGAAAGCUGCGGAUGGCAAAGAGCCCGCCACUCCCCUCCACUAUGAGAUGAUGGGAUACAACACACUGCUGGGGUCCCACUAUGAUAAAUACUUGGUGGACUAUAAGGAAUUCAGCACUCAUGUUGACCCCAAAGUCUUCUCCCUGCCAGACGGGAUGAGCUGUGGGGGAUUUCCUGGUCCAGGAGUGGAGCACCACAUGUUGGCCAAUCCGAUGAAAGAUCUCAUCCACACCUCAGCGGCAGGCCACGCGCAGCGCAUGUUCAGCCAUUUCAAGGAGAAGUUUCAGCGUCAAUACAGCGAUGAAAGAGAACACGAGAAGAGGGAGCACGCUUUUGUUCAUAACCUCCGGUACGUUCACUCCAAGAACAGAGCAGGGCUGCCUUUCUCUCUGGCCCUGAACUCUCUGUCAGAUCGCACCAUGUCAGAGCUGGUCACCAUGAGGGGAAGGAAACGUGGAAAGACUCCAAACAGAGGGCUCCCCUUCCCUUCCAGGGUUUAUGAAGGGGUGAAUGUACCUGAUUCACUUGACUGGAGGCUUUACGGUGCUGUGACCCCAGUGAAGGACCAGGCCAUAUGUGGCUCCUGCUGGAGCUUUGCCACCACUGGGACAGUAGAGGGCGCUCUCUUCCUAAAGACAGGCUCCCUGCAGGUUCUGUCUCAGCAGAUGCUGGUGGACUGUUCCUGGGGUUUCGGCAAUAAUGGCUGUGACGGAGGGGAGGAGUGGAGGGGGUACGAGUGGAUCAUGAAACAUGGCGGCAUCGCCACAACAGAAACUUACGGAGCCUAUAUGGGAAUGAAUGGAUUUUGCCACGUGAACGCAUCCCAGCUCACUGCUAAAAUCCAAAGCUACACCAACGUCACAUCAGGAGACGCAGACGCCCUUAAGUUGGCUCUCUACAAAAACGGGCCGGUGGCUGUUAGUAUCGACGCAUCCCAUCGAUCCUUUGUUUACUACAGCCACGGUGUCUACUAUGAACCUGCCUGCGGUAACACCACGGAUGAUUUGGACCAUGCUGUGCUUGCAGUGGGUUAUGGGACCCUGAACGGGGAGCCAUACUGGUUAAUAAAGAACUCAUGGUCCACCUACUGGGGCAACGACGGCUACAUCCUCAUGUCUAUGAAGGAUAACAACUGUGGCGUCACCACUGAUGCUACAUAUGUAACCCUGGCAUAGAUGUGCUUUUGUCCUAAUGUUAAAACCACUACGUGAAUGCGUGAGGAUGAAUGACCCCAAAUUUGGAAGUGUUGAGAAGAGAUGUAGGUGUUACAUCAGACUGAGCUGCUUGAUAAUAAUGACGUGUUAAAUAUUGCUGAUAAAUGGCGACUGAGUGAACUCGCACAAAGCACACAUAUGCAUUUUCAAAAAUGGUCUUAAUGAAUUUACUGCUGAGGACAUGUUGGCACAGUGCCUUUCUUUCAGUUGUACAAAGCACAUUUUGCGACACAUUUCCAUUUGUUGUUCAUAAUUUUAAUUUUUGUAAUUUGUUGCAUUGUUGCAAAUGCACUGGUCUGGAAUCAAUGCAAUAAAAAAAAGAAAUGGAAAAUUG